AUGGCUGAAAACCAAAAUUCUCCGUUUGCCGGCGCCGGGGGUUUUACCGUGCCCUCCAUGCCGUCCCCGGCGCCGAGCACCACAUCGACAAUCAAAUCCGUGAGCGGCCUGCCCCGGCCCCGCACCCAUGCCCUGCGGCCCGGUUCCGCAAAGGAAGACCAGGUGCGGCAUUUCGUAUCAGAGCGCCUGAACCACAUCACCCGCCGCUUCCUCAAGCGGACCGGCAAGGCCCCGCCCGGCAGCGAGGUGGAGGGCUACAACUCGAUGCGAGAUCUGUGCAAGGACCUCGAGGGCGUCAUCAACAUUGUCUGGCUGUCUGGCACCCCUAACCUGCAAAUCCCGCUGCUCCUACACAUUGCCGGCGAGUUCAACACAUGGCUGGCUGGUCUGCCACCGUCCCCCGCCGCCACGUUUGCCACGCUCCGCAAACUCGACCACUGCUUUGCCAGUUUGCUGUCUGGCGAGGACAUAGAGACGCACGAGCCGCUUCCGGGGUUUGACAGCGGUCGCCGGGCGGGGAUGAGCAAGACGGACAUGGUGCGCUGCAGGAGCGUGGUCGAGGAGGCGCGGGUCUUGGUCGUGGAGGUCAUGAGCCGGGAGCGCGAGGCCGACGGCGACGGGGAAGAGGAGCAGACCGCCGAUGAGGACGCAAGUGGCGUUGAGACACAGGUGGAGUCAGAUGCCGAGCUGUUCGAGGAGGAUGAGGAGGAGGAAGACUUGUUGUUCAUGGACGUUGCGCGGGUGUACGAGAACACGCUGGUGAAGCUUGGGGAGACUCUUGGGGAAACGCUUGCUAACACGGAGGUUUGUUCAGAAUAG